AUGGCUCAGGUAUCUGACACCUGGGGCCCGGAGUCACAUGCCAAGAAACCCAACACUCUUAGGCCCCAACCCCCAAGUUCCAGCAGCUACGACCAAGCAGGACUUCUGGAGGAGAUAGUGGGUCUCCAGAGCCGAGCAUCCUAUUCCACCCAAGGACUAUGCCAAGCUGUGGCCAUGCUCCCACCAGCCAGUCGCCUCCUGUCCCUCCUGCUGGUAACAGGCAUGAGAGGUGCUAUGCCCAGCCCCUGGACACCUCUCCAGGGCUGCUACGUGGCAGAGGAAGCUGGUGAGCGGACAUUCCGCUGCAGCCAGGCAGGCCUGAGUAUUGUGCCCACUGGUAUCCCCAACGACACCCGCAAGCUCUACCUGGAUGCCAACCAGCUGGCAUCAGUGCCAGCUGGUGCCUUCCAGCAGCUGCCUGUCCUAGAGGAGCUGGAUCUGUCCCAUAAUGCUCUUGCCCACCUCUCCAGGGCUGCUUUCCAGGGUCUGGAAGGCACGCUGCGUCACCUUGACCUCUCUACCAACCAGCUGGCCUCAGUGCCUGUGGAGGCCUUCAUGGGACUGCAGAUCCAAGUGAACCUGUCUGCCAAUCCAUGGCUCUGUGAUUGUUCACUCCAGGAGGUGCUCAAGAGGGUGCAGCUGGUGCCAGGCACUGGGACAGGCAUUGUGUGUGGCCCAGGAGCCCGACCAGAUCUCGUGGGGCAGGAGUUUCUGCCACUGGCAGGGGAGGAAGAGCUGUGUGGGACAGGGCGGGGUGGGGUCCACCGGCACAUUGACAUGGCCCUGCUGGUCACAAUGGGGGGCUGGCUGGCACUGGUGGUGGGUUAUCUGGUCCACUAUGUGUGGCAGAACCGAGAUGAGAACCGACGACCCCUCAAGCGGGCUCCAGUGCUGCCCGUGCACUCCGAGGGCUCCUCCACUCUCAGCACAGUUGUCUGA